GCCAUCUUGAAAUUCAGUAUUGUGCCAGUCGGGGGGGCGGUGACAUUAUUUUACCCGUCAUCGUCAUAAUUUUGUGAACUUGUUCGAAAAAACGCGAAAAUAAGUGUCGUUUUUUGGUGUAAAUAGUUUAUGUCAGGACUGAACGUGAGGAUGGCGGGUCAGACUAUAAACGAUAGGUUUUUGGCCGCUCGGCACAGUAUCGCCGGCCAAGGAUUAGCAAAGUCAGUAUGCAAAGCUACAACCGAAGAAAUGAUUGCACCGAAAAAGAAACAUUUAGAUUAUCUAGUCCACUGCACAAACGAGCCGAACGUGUCAAUACCACAGCUGGCGAACCUCUUGGUGGAGCGCACUCAGAACACAAACUGGGUGGUGGUGUACAAAGCACUCAUCACCGUACACCAUUUAUUAGCAUAUGGCAAUGAGAGAUUCACACAAUACCUAGCAUCCAGUAAUUCUACGUUUCAACUAAGUAAUUUCUUAGAUAAAAGUGGAGUACAAGGCGCGGCCGGUGCCAGGAUCGGUGAGUUUAUACAGAGUGAUAGCUUUUUGUAUGUUUGUGUGUUGCAAGAAGACUCCAUUCAAUAAGAUUUCUCCAUAAAA